AUGCAAGACUUUUUAUGGGAUAAUGAUGAGUGUAUUGCUGCAUAUGAAAGGGAUGUUGUUCUAGUUUUAAAAGAAGAAGACAACGAAUGGAGUUUAUGUAAAAAAGGAUAUAAUACUGGUUAUUUACCAACAAAAAUAUUAAAGAAAAUAGAGUAUGAUAUAACACUACGACAUAAUAAACAAAUGAACAGAAUGACAAUGGGAAUAAUUCCUCAACCAACUAUUUUACCAUGUAGAUGUAUUUCACGAUAUGAUUUUAUUGCAACUUCAGAUAAAGAAGUUUCAUUUUGUGAAGGUGAUGAAAUGAUUGCAUUAUCUAGUGAUUUAAAAUGGGUUUAUGUUCAACAUCCAGAAAAUGGAUUUGGAUAUAUUCCUACUAACUAUGUGAUAUUUGAAAAAGAAAUUUAUAAUGAUAUAGUUAACAGGUAUGGGUUAGUUAUAUUUGAUUAUAAUGGAGAUUCUAGAUUCCACUUAAAUGCAAUUGCUGGAGAUCUUGUUUAUGUUGAAGAAGUUAUAGGGUCAUGGGCUAUUUGUAAAGUUGGAGAUAAAAAAUAUAUUAUGCCUUAUUGUUAUAUUAAAAUUUUGGAAGAUUAUGACCAGAAGACGUCUGAAGAAAGUGCAUUUGUAUUAUCUACUUUUAUAUCAGAAGGAGAUAAUGAAUUAAAUAUUGUCAGAAAUGAAUUUGUAACGAUUUUAUUAAAUGGAGAAAAAUGGAGUCUUGUGAGGAAAGGAAAUAAUGUUGGGUAUGUCCCAAGUUCAUUUUUAAGUACUAUCCAUGAUGGAGAAAACUAUGCAUUAAUAUCAGAAAAUGUGAUUUCAUUAGAUGAUAACAAGGUUCAUGUUAAGCAAUAUGAUAUUUGGAAAGUUCUAUCAAAAGAGGAUAAUAAUGUAAAAUUAAUUCGAGGUGGUAUUGAAAUAAUAGUUCCAUUAGCACAAUGUGAUAUUAGAAAAUUUGAGAAAACGAUUAAGAGAGAAUAUGAAGAGGGAAAAAAAAGAAUUGAAGAAACUAUGUUAAUAAAAGAAAAAGAAAUUAUGAAGAGAGAUGAAGAAGAAAGAGAACAACGAGAAGUUCGAUAUAAAGAAAAGAAACAAACUGAACAAAAAGAAUUUAUUAGACAAACAAUGAGAAUGAAAAAAUCAAAAACUUCUAAUAAGAUAAACGGAGAUGAUUUCUUAAAAGAAUUAGAAAAGAAAAAAAUGUUAUAUGAAUCUUCAGAAAAUACUGACAUAGCUUUAUCUUCUUUUAAUGCUCCUUUAAAGAAAACAAUGACAUUCACAAAACCAACACAACGAGGAAAUGUCAAUUUCUUAAAUCGACAACAUAAAACAACAUCUGUUCAUCAUGAAGAAAAAGAAGAGCCUAAAGACGAACCUAAAAAUGAAGAGUCAAUUAAAAUAAAUAAAAGUGUUUUUGAAGGACUUAUUGAAGAAAAUAAACAAUUGAAACAACAAAUUGAAAUGAUCGAUACUUCUCAAAAGGAUUUAUUACAAAUUAUUUUUGAUUUGAAAGAUGAACUUAAAAAAAUAAAAGAAGAAUUACUUUUAAAUUGUCAGGUAUCACAAGAAUUGGAAGAGGAAAAAUAA